AUGGAGAGUCGGGUAAAUUCCCAAGAAAGAGUUGCCAAUGAGAUGAAGAAAACGAACCAAGCUCGCCUUCACUACUUGGAUUGGCUAAAAACACUAGCAGUUUGGCUAGUAGUUUUUGUUCAUGUAAUUUAUUACUUGAACCUGCUAAAUAUUGGAAUAACAAGAAGUGAGAAGGAAAUUGUCAGAAGAAUGAUCGUAUUUUUUUCAGAGUUUGGAAUGCCUAUUUUCUUCUAUGUAUCAGGGAGAGCAAGUUUCCUUUCGAGCACACCCAAUUUUCGAAUAUUAUUGAGAAAAAAAAUUCUACGCUUAUUAUUGCCUUUAACUUCUGGGUAUUUCAUUUUAUUACCAAUUACACAUUACGUGGCAAAUGGUAGAAGGCCAUGUACUUACACCUUGGAUGGAGCCCCUGCAAACUUCCACGUACAUUAUUUUAUGUACAUUAAGGAUUUUACAUGCCAUGGAUUUGAAUGGCUUUGGUUUUUGGCUUUACUGAUUGUCAUUUCUGUGGUUAUGUUUCCCUUUAUAAAGGUUAUGAAAGAUCAGAACAAAGGCGAAAAUAUUUUAUAUAUAAUUUCUUGUGGAUUAAUUGCUGCAAUUUUUGGUCCUCUUAUAAUAUAUAGUUAUGAUUUCCAUCCAUUAGCACUCUUUGGACUUUCGUUUCCACUAAUGAUUAUGUUAGUUUCAUCUCUGGUUAUGAAAUCAGUUAGAAGCAGAAAAUCAGGUUUAAACAUUGCUUUAAUAUAUCUUACAGCUAUAUCAUUCAUACUGGGAAGUUUAUUUUUAGCCUUUUAUAGCAAUGUUGAUUAUAAAUCCAAUACUUCAGGUUUCAAUUCUAAUGAUUAUAAGCCAGUUUUUCCUGAAAAAGGUUUUCUUAGAGUCAUUGAUGACAGGAGGAUGAUGUUGGCCAUUAUAUUUUACAUAUCAUUCUAUGCUGUUGGAUUCAUUGAUCAGUUACUAAGCUAUUAUUGUUCCUCUAAUAAGCCAGUUAUUCCUGAAAAUCAAGCUUUAAUUGGAAGUUGUGAUAUUCAGAAUUCCGAAGAAUGUCCUAACCUAAACAUAUCCAUACCUAAUUCUAGUCAGGAAAACCAGCCUGCUUUGCAGAGUUGUAAAGACUUCAGGCUUAAUAUCAAUAAGGAUCAUCCAAAUAUAGAAAAUAUAAACAAACCGAAUGAUUAUACCUAUUCUUCCAACGAUAAGAUUCACAGUAUUAUUAAUAACAUGCCCGGAAUGUUCAAGCCGACUCUUGUAUUUGUUUCUUUGGUAUUGUACUCAAUUAGUUUUUCAUUGGGAAAUCAUGGUAUAGGAUAUAUGUGGGCAUUUCCAAUGUAUAGAAUACCAAGUAGCUCACUAUUUUAUGUUGCAGGAGCCUGGAUUAUCGUUUUCGUAUUGGACUCAAUUUGCCAUUCACUACUCAAUCAUAUCUUUAUUCCAAGCUUAUACUUCCAUUUUACAGCGUCAUCAAUUAUAAUAUACAUUAUACAUAUGCUUUGGCUUGAACUAACUAUGUCUUAUGUAAUCAUUCCACUCCAAAUACCAUAUAUGCAAUCAAUUUUCCUUACUUUUACUAUUACAACAUUAUUAAGCGCAUUAACAUACUUUUUAGCAAUCAAGGUUAAAUUUAUCGGAUUUAUUGUUGGACUUACGACCACCUUUACUUCCAAAUCCAAUAGUAAAGUAAGCAAGAACCAGAGAUCUGAAAAAAAGGCUCAGCAAAUAUGUGUUUAA